UCGUGUGUUGUUUAUUUUCAAUAUUACGUCAGCGUGUUAAUGAAAACCAUCUUUAGGUUUGGAAUUUUAAGCACUGUACCGUUCUAAGUCGAUUUAUUAUCGUGUCUUGAAAUCAGUUAGGUUCGCAGUUUAGUGUUAACAAGUGUCUGAAGAUGUUGAAAGCAUGCUGGGAUUGUUGGACAGGAAGCGGCGUAGAGAAUGGGCGUGGUGAUGGCGUUUAUGGCACUCAGUUGAAUGGAGGCAGUGAGAGCGUUCCCCUGCGGCCGGUGCGAUCGACAGAAAGAAACAUGUUUGUGAUACCGCGGGCGCUGGGCAACGGAGAUUCCUUGGAGGUCUCUUGCACUAUCAAUGAUCCAAACAGAUUCACUGCCAAUUUAUUAACGGGAUCACCAAGGCCAGAUAAUAAUAAUAUUGCUUGUCAAAUAGACAGUGAUUUCCAGAGAAAUGAAAUAGCUGUGAGAGUCAUAGAAAAUGGUCAGCAAGCCAUACCAGAAUCUGACCAGAUCAAAGGCGAAGCCAAUGGUAUGAUGUCAGGUUCCUCAGAUGUCUUAUUAGAAUUCAAAUUUGAAGGAGGCUACGGAAGAACUACUUUGGAAAUGUGUAUAAAUAGAUCAUUUUUAGAUAUCCUGGAAUUGAAACAUGAUGUGGAAAAAAUAACAUUUUUGGAAAUGUUAGGAGAUGUGAAGGUUACUGGGCUAAAUUUUAAAUUUGCUUAAUAAUCUUGUACCAUUUGUACAUAAUUAUUAUUAUUACGAACCUUUUGUGUCCCACUGCUGUACAUAAUAUUUGUUUUUAUUUUAUUUUAUUUCAUUAGGGUUAGGGUUCCGUACCAAAAAGGUACAAAAGGAACCCUUAUGCUGCGACUCUGUCCAUCCCUCCGUCUGUUACAACGCUAAAUAUCUCGAGAACCACUUAUUUUCCUGUGUUAAAGACUUGCAAUAGUCGCAUUUUAAAUACUUUUACAUAUUUGUUUAAGCACUGCAGAAUAGUUAGAUUAUAAUAAAAUUAUAAUGCUUAAAAGGUUGUGUCAAAAUUGAUCAUUGAUUGAUUAGCACAAUCUGAGAUAUUUGUUAUAAUAUUGAUCCCAUGGAUGCUUGUUGUAAUUAGUAUAGUGAUGAUGCAUUUGGUAUUAAUUUAUGUGAAAUUAUUUAUUUAUAUUCAAAUACGAGCUACGAUACUUGAAUAGUUAUAAUCACGACUGUAUUAAUUAUGAUGAUUAUUUAUUAAUGUCUUUAUUUGAUUUUGCUUUGUUUCGUAAGAAUUAGUAAUCAAGUUUGAUAACAUAAAUAAUAAAUGGUCAUAAAAGAAAUGAACUACUUAUACCUCAUUCGGCUAUUUUUAUCCUGCUGAAUAUUUACGUUACGAUCUUGACGUCACAGAAAUACGACAGCGAUUGUUAAUAAUUUUAGUUAUGACAUAUUUAGAAUAUAAAAUAAUUAGAGCUGGUCGGUAUUGGUUAGUCGGUGGUCGUAAGGAGCAGAGUCAAUCAGAAUAUGUAGGGUCUGGGGCACGACAUUCGGUCGACGUAAUUUAGUCUUCGGCGCUUAUAAGGUCAAUUACUUUGGCCCACUGUUCACAUGUACUAAUAGCACUCAACUGCCCAUGUGUACGAGUACCUUAAUCGUGAUCCCACACUAGCUGCUAUAUAACGUACAGUCAGUGUAGUACCCCCAUAAGUCUUCAAAUCUCGUCUAGUAUCCACACUUACACAAUUUCAAUACAGCCUGAUUAAAUUGACAAUUUUAUCAGAUUGGACGAAAAAUUGUCCCGUCUGGACUGGCCUUAAUGGUGUAGAGUGUAGAUGAUGGUAUUACCGUACGUGCCGUCUUGCCCCUUGACCCUUAAGCAGCAGACGACCUUCACACGCACAUAUACAUGGCCAGUUCUGGACGGAACUUCGUGUUUCUGAUACGAUCGGUUGCUGCCAGCUGCCUUCUACCUAUUUUUAACACAACCGCAAAUUGAAUCGAGACGUAAGAUUAAAUAAAUGUUUAAUUUAGCCUUGACAAACAGAAUGCAAUUUUUUUUUCGAGCGGUAUUCUAUUGUGUACUUAGUCAUCACUUGUGACAGUUGUGAUGUACUCCUAACAUCGCUUCAGUUUACGAUGUUUUAAAUAAAAACAAAGUACCUACUACUACGCGUGCUGAAUUAAUUUAUAAGAAAAAAUUAAAUUGGUAAAUUUUUAGUAAAAUAUUAAUACUAAAUACUUUUAGAAUAUUUGGUCGUAUCAAAAAUACACGCUGUAUUUUAACAGCCAGGAUAUUUAAUUCAAUAUAAUAUGCAUAUUUAUGUGUGUGUACUUGUUUGUAUAGGUCGUGUAUCUGAUGUAUUUUUAAAAGCAUAUUUUUAUUUUAUGGAGUCGUUGAUUUAUUUUAAUUUUUGUAUAGUCUAAAUGUAUUUCUGUAUAUUCUAUACUUAACAAACUGACAGUGGGCCAUCAAGUGUUAGUGUGUUAAUAAACCUGGCGUAGAGGCAGAAUAUUUCUCCUUGUGGGUAGGAACUGUCUUACCAUACCUAUAAUAAUUGUGGCUUGUGACAUUUAAAAUCUCAUUCAAUUACUUAGAGUCAGAACAUGCUAAGUUGGCAGCGAUUUUGAUAGCCCAGCCCGUGCAAGUGUUAAGUAAACGUCAUAAUUUAAUAGAAUUAUGACGUUUAAAAUAACACUUCGGGUCUGUGUGUUUAUUAUUUUAUUUCUUUUAUUGUUUUUUUCUUGUUUAUAAUUUAAAAAGUUGAAUUUCAAUGAUUUAACAUCUGAUUAAAUAUUUUUUACACAAUUUUAAAUCUUGGCUGUAUGCGGAAUGAGACUGCAUUUGAUGUCUCUACGUCAAGCAAUUAACAAUAUGGCUGUCGAUAUCGGUAAUUUUACCAUCGUGUUAACUUUUUUUUUCGCUAAUUUGAUGAAAAACAUUGUGUGUAUCACGGGCAGUAAGGGGUUUGAUUAUAAAUUCGAGUCAUUAAAACCCAUCCGCCUUCGGCGUCGAACUCCUAAUGCUCUCGUCAGUAAUCCCCUUCUUAACGCCCUUAGGUAAUGCACAAUGUACUGUAUUAUGCUUGCUAGGUAGUACCUUCCUAAGGUUUUGCAUCAUGUAAACUAGUUAUUUUGUUAUUAAUAUGAUCCCACCUUGUGAACGCUACGAAGAAAUAACUUAUACAAUGUUUUUUUUUUAAUCAAACAAUACACCAUGCUGUAUGUAAAGAAACCUACAUAUCGUCAGGCAUUUGUCUGACCGGUGUCGAAAAGUUAUUUAAGUACACAAAUAUUCCGUGUGAACAAAAUAAGUAUUACAAUAUUUCAUUCACUUAAACUUAACUGCAUUAUCCAUGAAAUAAGAGAAACAGAAUGUUUGGAAUUGUAGAAAAGGUUUAGCAUGUAUAAUGUUUAAGUUUUAUGUAUUUCCUGUAUUAGAAGCAUUUAGUCCCGCAUUGCCACUAAUUUAUGUAUGCAUUAUACUGUGCCUUAUACACUGUUAGUAAUGUUAGUAUUAUGUAAAGAUUAAGCUGUAACUGUAGUUGUUUGUACUAGUAGUAAAUACUAAAGUGUUUAAAGCAGUUUACACUUCAAGCCUUUGGUAAACAUAGAUAAAAUAUGUUACAUUUGGAGUGCGUUUCUCAUAUCAUAACGCCCAUGUUUGCAAAUUCAAAUACAGGAUGUUUAAAAUAGAUUGUAAGUUCUAAUAGUUCCACCCUCAACUUUUUAAUGUUUACGCGUGACACAUUACAUGAGAUAUUAGUAGGAGUAUUAUUAUAACGAGUAACUUUAACUGAAGCUUUCGUGUAUUGUAUUAAAUUAAUAUUGUGAUACCAACGCAUUUAGGUUUUCAAGUAUUAAUAUCAAAUAGUCGAAAUAACACUUGAAAAGCGGUAACCAGUAUUAUUUGCUGUUUGGUUUAGGAAGCUUCAACGCGUAUUCUGUUUCAGCACUUUAUGUAUGUAAUCUUUUUGUAGUUAUGUCCCCAAUAACCAAAGUACCAUCAGCAUCACAACGAUAUUAGUAAAUAAAUAUUUAUAAUAUAUAUAUACAAA